AUGCACUUAGGCAGCGUUGUGGAACGAGCGGCUGAAACUCAGGCUCAAAACCUUGCACGAGCAAAGCAACAAGAAGCAGCCCUCCAGCUUGAAGUUGAAGCAUUGAGUGGCUGUGCCUCCAAGAAAAAGGCCGGUGAAUGUUGGUCGGUUGCGGUCACUGGGAAGAAGUGCAAAAUCAUAUCAGAGGAUGGCUCCGACAUUGCGCUGAAUGACUAUUCUGGCCGUAAUCCGAGUGGCAGGGGCAAUACACAGCGAAAGAUCGUCGAAAGUGACGACGACGAAGGAUCCGAUGCAUCCAAGUCACCUACCCCAGGCGUAUGUUACGAAGAGAGACCGUCAGGAGGCUCAGAUGAAGCUGGAGAAGCAGCCUCUGGUGAUGAUGAACUGAAUUCCGUCACUCCCAUAGAUAGGAUUGGAAGACUGGCCGCAGAGACACCCUUGAUUCGAUCCCAAAACGAUGCAGACCAGUAUCUGAAUUUCAAGGACAACGACAGCACUGAAGAGGUAUUGCCACCAGCAAAUCGUAACGAACAGCAACAGUGCGAGGACGAGAACGAGGAUGAGCUCGAGUACGGCGAUGAUGAGCCCAGGCGCAUUAUGAAGAAUCAACAUUCGAGCCACCGUUGGAGGCAUCAGCCCAUUCAGUGCAUUCAAGCUCAAGUCGCGUAUCAUCUUAUGGUAACGCUGCUCACAUAUGUUUUACAGCAGACGGUCUUUCUGCCAGAUUAUCAAGAUGGGCCAGAAGUUCGAGGGGAAUCUGAUUCUCACAGAGAUCUGCAAGGUGGGGCGCACCUGUCUCAGCAGCAUUCUAGAAGCAACUUGACCGCUUCACAAUGUCGUCUCCGUCAUACCCACAACUCGGCAUCAACUACUAACAAUCCAACCCGUAAGAAGUCCACUCACCAAGAAAACUUCGAGAAUGAGGCUCCGACCAUUAAAACAGCACAGUGCCCAUCCUCGAAACUGGCCAAAAAGGUCAAUGUUUCGACAUCCAAGCUAACCGUCAAUAUCCCACAGGAAAAGGAAUGGCCGGAAAGCUCGACGUUGACUCUUCAUCCAACUGGCCAUUACCUCCGAAUAUCUGACCAGCCAACCGAGAUCAGGAGUGUCAUCCAACAUGCAAUCAAGUCAGCCACGAUCGAAGUGGUGUACCAUGAUGCCUAUCCUGACCCUGUAGAUGCCAUCAGAAAGAUACGCAAGAUCCUUCUCGGUUCAGCGCGAGCCCUCAAUCACACUCACCCCAUGCAAGGCUUUCAAUUUAUAAAGGAACGUAUCAAGUCUCCUGACCACGGGUUCACUGAUGCGUUGGGAAAAGUGGUGACAGAACGAUUCUCUGCUAUUCAUAGUGACGCAAAGGACGUAGCUGAGCGCUGUAUCGUAGGCUAUGACCUUACAGGAACCAAAAGCAUUUGCAGAGAGCGUGUGGAUGUUCUAUUAACUCAAGAUAACUACGCCUAUCCAGGAACCUGGGCAGCUGGCUGCAAUGGCGAGAUCACUAGAACCCCAGAUAGAGGUAAACCAUAUGCUGGUAAACCUAUCAUUACAUGCAUGCGGGCACUCUACAAACAGAUUGAUCCUCACCAACACCAACCCGACAUCUUUGUCUCAUCAAGUAAGGAUCACCCUCAAGAGCUCGAGUUGACUCCAGGGCUUGUCACUCUUACUGCUACUACUGUCUUCGCAGUUCUCCGUGACUGGAAAUCGGGAGAGAUGUGUCACAGUAAAUUUGAGGGUAAUACAUUCAAUCGCACCUACAAGAACAACCUAGAAUGGAUGGCCGCUGCCCGUGAUCAUAACCCUGACAAUUAUCAUCUUCUCAUGCAUGGUUUAUACAAGCUCAUCAUGGCAGAAGAGAAACAAGAAGAGAAGGAGAUGGAGAAUUCAAUGCCAGCCAGUACCAUCGACAACAUUAGCUUUUGA